AUCAACCGUCGACUACGGAAUGAGAUCAGCCAAGCCAACGGUCAUGUCAGGAACCGUUUCCCGCCACGCGUUGAUGAGCCAUUUUGCGCUGCGUGAUGCUACGCUGCCCCAGCGCGACUUUGGUGCCUUGUGAGAAUAAGAGGGCUGUGAAAAGGGACGAAGCUGCCCGUCUCUUAGGGCAAUUCUGUUAGAUCCUGGCGCUGUUUCGUUCUGGUACUGCAAGGCCCAUCACAACCUUACGUUGUCCAACACAAUGGUUGCUACAUUUCGCCUAAGCCUGCUUGGCUUGUCUCUACUCUCGUCUGUCCAGGCGGCCAAGUACGGGUACAACCACGUAACUGUGCGCAAGGAUACGGACAUUGUCGCCGCCAAUUUCAAGGAUAUCGAGGGCGUCGACUUGCUGUCGCCUGCAUUCUUGACCCCGGAGACGAUUCCUGCAGGCUUCUCUGACGGCACACAAGGCCCGACAGAUGACGACCUUCUUGACUCUUUUGUUCAAGACUUGGCCGACAAGAACGACUGGUUGACUUACAACAAAGCCAACUUCACUUCGGAGGAAGGCCGCCCGUUUCCUUACCUUCACUUAUCUUCGACAAAGCUGUCUCGUAGAGUUUCGAACUCGACUGGCAAGGUCCGGGUUUGGGUUCAAGGUGCCGUCCAUGGCAACGAGCCAGCCGGCGAUCAAUCACUCUUGGCCCUCCUCGGGGCCCUAGAUGCGAACCAGACAUGGGCCGCGUCGCUCCUCGAGAAGCUUGAUAUCGUCAUUCUGCCCCGGUACAACCCCGACGGUGUUGGCUACUUCCAGCGCACCCUGGCCACCAACUACGAUCCCAACCGCGAUCACGUUAAGCUUGCCCGCAAGCAAACCCGCGACAUUAAAACCCUCUUUGGCGAGUUUGCUCCCCACGUCGCCAUCGACAUGCACGAGUACAGCGCGACUGCUCGCUACGGAAGCUACUACCACGCCGCCGACGGCCUCUUCUCCGCCGCCAAGAACCUCAACAUCCACCCGGACAUCCGCACGCUGUCUGAGGAGGUCUUCGCCAAGAACAUUGGCUCGGACAUGGAGGCCCGGGGUCUGCGCUGGGAGCCGUACGUGACCGGCUCCACGAGCACCAACCCGGCGUUCAAGCCCACCUUCGCCGAGGCCGGCUCGGACGCAAAGAUUGGUCGCAACGCCAUGGGCCUUACGCAGUGCGUCACCUUCCUCAUCGAGAUGCGCGGCAUCUUCCUCGCGGACCAGGAAUUUCAGCGCCGUACCGUGGCCGGCCUGACCAUGGCAUCGAGCAUCCUCCAAACCGCCGCCAACAACGCUGAGAAGGUCUACACGACCAUCGAGUCCUCCAUCGCCGACUUUGCCUCCUCCACCUCGGAGAUCAUCGUCACGGACUUCUCGCCGCUCGUCCAGCGCACGUUUAAGAUGGUCAACAUCAACAACGGCUCCGUCACCGACGUACCCAUCAAUUUCCGCUCCACCACGCCCGUGACGGCCAACAUCACCCGCGCCCGCCCCGAAGCCUACCUCAUCCCCGUCGCCUGGACCGAUCUCGCAGAGCGUCUGCGCGUGUCUGGUCUGGAAGUCGAGACGCUGAGCGAGCCCUAUGUCGGCACCGUGGAGGCUUACGACAUCACGUCGGCCGUGUUUGAGACGGAGUACUACGAGGGCGUCGUGCGCGCUGCCGUGACGACGGAGGCUCUGACCAGGGAGGUGGAUUUGCCUGCUGGCAGCUUCCUCGUCAGCACGAGGCAGAAGAAUGCUGCUCUUGCGUUUGUGGCGCUGGAGCCGGAGAAUAUUGAUUCGUAUGCUAGUUUUAACAUUGUUCCUGUUGAGGCUGGGGAUGAGUACCCCAUCUACAGGGUGCUGGCAUGACUGCGCCAACUGAGAUGAUAGAUACAUUAUUAAUGCAGCUACUGAAUGCUAAAUCAUCAUUGUAAACAUUACCAAAAAAAAAGGGCCCCUUUUGUUGAGAACAUACUACAUCACGCCUCAAUUUUCCUCCGCCACUCAAUCACCCCAACAUCCUCCCUCCCCGUCAUAAAUCGCACCCCGCAGCGCAACAACUCCGCCAGCAUCUCCAUCUCUUCUUCGUCCCGCGGGCCGUAGACCAUGAGAUACGAGUCGGCCAGAUGUAACCUGUUUGCCAGGAACGAACCCUUGGGCAGCGAG